AUGCAUACUGGAGAGAAAAUAUGCAAAAUAUGUAAAUGCAAGGAAUGUGGUAAACCUUUUAAGGACCCUUCAUCAGUAAAGGGACAUAAGCCAAUCCAUACUGGAGUGAAACAGUACAAAUGGGCAAAAGGUGUGAAAGCAUCUACAUUGCCCUCCACCCUUCCUGGAAGUCACCAAACCCAUACUGGAGAGAAACGUUACCAAUGUGAAGUAUGUGGCAAGACCUUUAAGUGGCAUUGCGACCUUACUCAGCAUCACCGAACUCCUACUGGAGAGAAACCUUACCAAUGUCAAGUAUGCGGCAAGGCCUCUAAGUGGAGUUCAGACGUUACUCGGCAUCACCGAGUUCAUACUGGAGAGAAAUCUUACAAUUCUCAAGAAUGUGGCAAGGCCUUUCACCAGAGCUCAGGGCUUAGCCAACAUCACAGAAUUCAUACUGGAAAGAAACCUUACAAUUGUCAGGAAUGUGGCAAGGCCUUAAUGUGGCCUUCCGAGCUUACUCAGCAUCACCGAGUUCAUACUGGAGAGAAACCUUACCAAUGUCAAGAAUGUGACAAGGCCUUUAAGCAGAGCUCAGGGCUUCUUCAACAUCACCGAGUUCAUACUGGAGAGAAGCCUUACAAAUGUAAACAGUGUGGCAAGGCCUUUAAGAUGCCCUCAGAUAUUAUUAAACAUCACCGAAUUCACACUGGAGAAAAAUCUUACAAAUGUAACGACUGUGGCAAGGCCUUUUUGUGGGUCACAUCCCUUACUAAACAUCACCGAAUUCACCCUGGAGAGAAGCCUUACCAAUGUAACAAAUGUGACAAGGCCUUUCAUGACAGCUCAAGACUUACUGCACAUCACUGAAUUCAUACUGGAGAGAAACCUUAUGAAUGUGAAGAAUGUGGCAAGACCUUUAUGUGGCCCUCAAACCUUACUCGACAUCGCCAAAUUCAUAAGUGGAGAGUAAUCUACAGACAUAAUGUAUGUGUGAAAACAUCUAUGGCCUUUUCUUCAUUUACUUCAUGGCAGAGAUUUUAUAUAGGAGAGUAA